GAUCGAUCAUCUCUCUGGAACAAUGGACUAUCUACAAAUCGGCCUCUCCUUUUUGGCGAUACUCGUCGCCCUUUACUACCUCUCCACGAAGAAUCACAAGCUGUUCAAGAAGCACGGGAUCGCGCACAUCCCGCCAACUCCGCUGCUGGGUAAUCUGGGCCCGUUGGUGCGCCGCCAGUGCCACAUGGAGGACAUAAUUCAGAGAGUGUACGACCUGGAUCCGGACGCCAAGUACGUGGGAAUGUACGAGUUCACCACCCCGUUGAUAAUAAUCCGCGAUCCGGAAUUGAUCAAAACGAUCGGGGUCAAGGAGAUCACGAAUUUCACGAAUCACCGGCCGUUCGUGGACCCGGGGGUGGAUCCUAUGCUGGGCGAGGUGUUGUUCGCGAUGGAGGACGACCGGUGGAGGGAGCAGAGGACCAUGCUGACCAGUUUGUUCACGUCGAGCAAGAUCAAGUCCAUGUUCAUGCUGAUGUCGGAUUGCGCCAAGAGUUUCGCCGAUCAUCUGUCGAGGAUGGACCGGGAGAUAGAGUUGAAGAGCAUGCUGAGCAGAUACACGAACGACGUGAUCGCGAGAUGCGUUUACGGGGUGUCGGUCGACUCUGUGAACGAGCCCGAGAACAUAUUCUACAAGUACGGCCAGGUGGCGUCCCAGUUGGCCACGUUCAAGCAGAAUUUGAUAAUAUUCGUGCACAGGAACUCGCCCAGGUUGGCCAGGUUGUUCAACCUGAAGAUCCUGCCCGACCACAUCGAGAGGUUUUUCCAUCGGUUGGUGGUCGAGACGGUGGAAACUAGGAAGAAGGAAGGGGUGCACGGGUUGGACAUGUUGCAACAAUUGAUAGACAUGCAGGAGAGGAAGGAGAGCGGGAAAGGUAUGAGCGUGUCGAACAUAGCCAAUCACGCGUUCAGCUUCUUCUUCGGAAGCGUGGACACGAUGGCGAGCCAGAUAAGCCUGACCGCUCACAUGCUGGCCGUGAAUCCCGAUGUCCAGCAGAGGCUGCAGGACGAGAUCGACGAGGUUUUGUCGGAGUAUGGGGGGGAGAAGGGGAAGGUGGGGUACGACGUUAUACACGAGAUGAGGUAUUUGGACGCGGUGAUGAGCGAGGCGAUGAGGUACCAUCCGAUCCUGUUGUUCAUCGACAGGGUGUGCGGCCACACUUUCGAAUUGCCGCCCCCUCUGCCCGGCGCACGCCCCUUCAAGGUCGAGAAGGGGAUGAACGUUUGGUUCCCCGUCAAAGCGAUCCACCACGAUCCGAAAUAUUUCGAGAAUCCGGAGAGAUUCGAGCCGGAGAGAUUUCUGAGGGACGGGAAGAGCAUCGCCAGCUCGGGCGCUUACAUGCCGUUCGGUAUGGGGCCCAGGAAGUGCAUAGGGAGCAGGUUCGCGUUGAUGGAGAUGAAGAUACUGCUGUUCAACAUCCUGGCCGAGUGCAGCUUCAGGGUAGGGAGCAAGACCACGGUUCCGUUGAAGUUCAAGGAGGGUGUGUUCAACCCGGCCGCCAAGAAUGGAUUUUGGUUGAGGAUCGAGUCCAGGAAAAACUGUUAGUUAAUUCGAUCGGAA